CCUGUACUGAUUUUAGGAACGCGUCCGGGGUUGACGGGGUUCACGUACUCGCGUCGCGAGAACAGUUUUGUUUUUGUUUAGACGUUCGAUUCAUUCCGAUUGAUUCCAAUGUGUUGUUCGUUGCUGCGUGAUCUCGUAUUAAGUUGCGUCAACCGAUUUAUCGAGACGAGGACGAAUGAUAGAUUGCGAACAAUAAAGAGAUAAAAAGAAUAACGGUAAUAAAGAUAAUUUCGUCUCGAAGAGAAAAGAGGAACGUGUGCCCUGACCGACGUUCAGAUUUUACGAAGCAUCCCCCGUCACAGUCAUUGUUUGGUGGAUACGAAAUUCGCACGAAUUAACGAAUCGACUUUGCGAAUCGACUCGAGCGAGGGAGUGAGAAACGAAGAAUGACGCACCCUAGCAGAAUGCUCGCCGCGCGAGUCACGCGAGUUAUCGCGCUCGACCUCGCACGUUUUCCGACGCACGGCUGCAAUCGUGAUUUAUGAAGCAAUAAUCUUAUCUGAGGUAACGCAUCAAGACGCGCGAUAAACAUCUCGAUCAAGUCCUCUCUCGCGCUCUCGUGUAUGGCAAGGCGGCGUGAAGGGGUUUCCUAGGAGCACGCAUUCUCCCGGAGAGUCAAGAUGUAUCGCAUUGUGGAGCUGUUCGUGAACGGCGCUUUGCUAUGGAUAUUCCUCCAGACUGCGAUGAGCGUGCUGGUCACCGUCCUGUAUGAAUUUUGCGUUCCCUGGAUCGUCUGGGGCUCGCUGAUUGUCAUGGUAGCGCUGAAAUUGGCACGAGUCUCCCCUCCGCCCGCUGACACUGUGCAAGAGGUGCUCGGCGUGAAUCCGCUCCACCUGGGCAAAGAUAACUCCGUGCCUGAAAAUCAUGGUAACGGAGAGCAAUAUUGCAUGCGAGUGGUGGCCCACCGUGGUGGAGGAUACGAUUAUCCCGAGAACAGUUUGUUGGCUUUCCGAAACAGCAAAAGAAAGGGCUGUACCGCAGUGGAGCUUGAUUUACGGCUAACAAAGGAUAACAUUCCAAUAAUAUUCCAUGACCCAACGAUCGAAAGACUCACUGGCCAGAUGGGAAAGAUUGGUGAUAUGACAUGGGAGGAAUUGAGGGAAUUUGAUAUAACUUAUAAUCACCCGCUUAAAAACAAAUUUUCUGAAGGCGAGAGAAUUGCUCUGUUACACGACGCGCUGCAGGAAUGUCUGGACAGCGAGCAAAGAAUUAUUAUAGACGUAAAAGAAUCGCGGCUGGAUGUUGUGCAAGUUGUUUUGGAUGCAUACGAGAAAUACCCAAAAUUAUUCCAGAGGGGCGUUGUGUCAAGUUUUAAUCCUAUUGUAGUAUACAUGAUUAGGAAGAGAAACCCGCGUAUUGUCUCGAGUCUCGCUUGGAGGCCGUACUUUUUCUCGAGAGCGUCAUACGCCGGUCUGGAAACGCCCGGGCCGGUACGAUUUCACAACCCGUUCAAACAUUUGGCAGCUUGCAUCUUGGAAAUUUUGUACGAAUGGCUGCUACCGCGUUUUGUUUACUACAUCGUCGGCGUUUCUGCUGUGCUAUUGCACAAGGACAUAGUAAAUCCACGUGUAAUAGAACGGUGGCGCGAUCGCGGUAUCCGCGUGAUGGCAUGGACGGUGAAUCGGCCAACGGAGAAAACGCAUUUCUCUAGGUUCCUCAAAAUCACCUAUCUAACUGAUACGCUACAUCUAGAGAAGGACAUGUAGUUAAUGUCCGAUAUAUUUUUGUUCAGUAUUAAAUUUCAAAGACUCUUGUAUCAUAUGCUGGCAUUACGCACGUACAAAUUUUUCUACUUUCGAUUAUACAGAUUAUUAUAAAACGUCACGAUAUAUCAACUAUCUAGUCGGGUCGUAAAAAAAUUGAUAUGACGACUUACAUUACUUUUAAACAUAGAUUGUAAGGCACUUAUUUUAUAAUGUCUUGUACAAGGCGCAUAUGUAUAUGUGCGAAUAGCGAUAAUAAAAUUACUCGUUACAGUGAUUUAA